AAGAGGGAGAGAGAGAGUGGGUGAGGCUGAUAUAAGAGGAUAAAGGCGGGGUUGUGGUUUGUGUCACAUGAUCCUCUGGCAGGCUGCAGCCCAGUGAGCUCCAGGUGGCAGAGAUACAGCAGAUACAGAGAGAGAGAGAGAGAGAGGGAGCGGGUCACACUAGCAAAGCCUCUCCACAAAGACAACUGCAAUUCUUCUUUUCCCCUCGUGACACAUCUCUCCUUCCACUCUUUCUCUGUCCUUCAGGACUUCUUCCCGGUCCCGCUUCCCCCCCCCCCCCCCCUCUCCUCUCCAAUCCCGGCCCCCGCAGGCCAGGGAAUGUCCCGGCAGCGAGAUGCCUUACACGGACCGACAGAACCGCACCUGUGGCUUCCUGGACAUCGAAGAGAGCGAGAGCAGUGGCAAGUUCCUGCGGCGAUACUUCAUACUGGACACGCAGCUGGGGAGCUUGGUGUGGUUCAUGGACAACCCUCAGAACCUGCCUGUUGGCACAGAGUGUGUUGGCUCCCUUAAACUCACUUACAUCUCCAAGGUCAGCGACGCCACUAAGCUGAGGCCUAAGGCAGAAUUCUGCUUCGUCAUCAAUGCUGGGAUGAGGAAGUUCUUCCUGCAGGCCAACGACCAGCAGGACCUUGUGGACUGGGUUGAAGCUCUCAAUAAAGCCACCAAAAUCACUGUGCCAAAGUCGUCUGAUGGGCAGCAGAAUGCAGAGAACCUCAAGUCUUUGCCGGACGUCGUAGGGCCCAAGAAACAAGUCUCCUAUCGGACAGAGAUCAUUGCAGGAGUCCCCAUUGUCACCCAGACACAGCAUGACCGAGGUGACGUUGCCGACAAAGCGGAGCGUGAGGCCAUGCAUCGCUCUCACAGCCAGCUGCCGUACUUCCUGGGCAGGCCGACUCAGGAACACACCGUCAUAAAGUCCGGCUACUGCGUCAAGCAGGGAGCGGUGAUGAGGAACUGGAAAAGGCGGUAUUUCCUCCUGGAGGAAAACUCAAUGAGUUACUUCAAGUCAGAUUUGGAGAAAGAACCUCUGAGAAUGAUCCCACUGAAGGAAGUUCACAAAGUCCAGGAGUGCAAACAGAGCGAUAUUAUGAUGAGAGAUAAUCUGUUUGAAGUCGUCACGACAUCAAGGACGUUUUACAUACAGGCGGACAGUCCAGAGGACAUGCACAGCUGGAUCAAGGCCGUCUCAGGGGCCAUCGUGGCCCAGCGGGGGCCCGGGAGGUCGGCUGCUACAAUGCGGCAGGCCAGACGGCUGUCGAACCCCUGUAUACAGAGGUAUACGUCUCGAAUCGGGGAGUGCAGCAGCACGAUUCCACGUUGCUUACUAACACCCACUGUCUUUGUUCCUGCUCUCUCUGUGUCCUCUUGCUGUUUCUGCUGCAGGAGCACGGCCGUUCCACUUUCUACCGCAGCCCCGCGGGCCCCCCUGCCCCUCGCUCGCCCAUAUCUGCCAUGCCACCAUGCUACCCAGAGUGGGGGGCUGCUGUCCCGUGCGGUCCACGCUCGCAGCCUGGCGUGGGACAGCGAGCACUUCAUGAGUCUGCUGCCACGGCCCAGUCACAGCCGCACGCCAGCGCGCCUGUCCCUGCAGGAGACACCGCGCCUGGCAAAGUGACCCCCCACCCACCUGAGACCACCAUCAAUCACCCCGAGGAGUCACCGUGGCGACGGCGGAGCAGCUUCGAGCCCCAUAUGCCUGAACCGCCCCUGGACCUGGAUGACGCCGACCUGCCGGUGAGCGAGGUCUGAGACGCUGAACUGGACAUUUUGAAACUUGCUUUUCAGGUUGGAUGCUGACAGCGAUUUAAAAAAAAAAAAAGGAAACCGUGCGAGACAGGUAAUAAAAAAUGGGAAGACGUUGGCGGACAAUUUAUAAUGUCACAAACUUCCUCCGUCAGUGUGCUAAAGAAAGAAGCUGGGUCACCACUGAACUGCCAAAGACGACCCAGUUUCACCCCCCACCCUUCCUGCUGUCACAAUUACAAUGGUGUAUUUACAAGAGGAUGUUGUCAAACAAAACCACACAUUUGGGUUAUUUUGUGCUGAUUAGAAUUCAAUGACGGAGCUUCAUUUGAACCUGUACAGGUGAAGUGAUGUGACGGAGGAUUUUUGUAAACCACUUUGUGCCAAGAAAAUAAGGGAAAUGUCAUGGUUGCAAACUAUUUCCUGUAUCCUAGAGAGAGAAAGUGUUCAAACUGAGGAAUGGAUAUUCAUCACCUCCUAUAUACUGAUUAAGAGUGUGUAGUCCAUUCAUACACUCACAUUGUAACCCUGGAUUUCACUUCUAAUGUUGGCCGGCAAUAGAGAUAUGGUUUAAACCGGAGUCUGAGAUUGAAUGAUUUUGGACUCUUCUAGGACAAGAUGCAAACAUUGUAGGUAUUCCACAUAAGCCAUUGUGUAGUAUAAUGUACUACAGCCACAUUCAGUCAGAAAGAAUAAUUCCGAAGAACAAGUAGCUCACAUGUAAAUCUAGUUUCUACAGUUGAUCAGUUAUUGUUAUUUUGAAAGCUCAAACAGUACAUGCAUCACUUCAGUUCAGAAACAGCAUAUUUUGCAAGCUAGAUUCACGCACACCAGACUUUGUGAAGCUCGAGGACACGGGAGGCAAACAAGACAUACAAGGAGUACGCUUGUAAGCGUUUUGUAAUUCUCAUAGUAAUAAAAACGUCAACAAUAGGGCUCUGUCAGAUAUAGGUAAGGUUCCUUACAGAUAAUAACUCACGUAAUAAAACCUGCAGUCCAUCGUUUGAAGAUGAGUAUAAACACCAUGCAAACUAUUUGGUUCAUAGUUAAACAGACAACAACCUUUAAGCUCAGACUCUUCCGUUGCAUGUUAACCUUUUAAUGAUUCCUCAGAUUGUCUUUCUGUGUUUUAGUUUUUAUUAACGGCGGCUCUGUGUGUUGUGUGUUUGCAGAAUAGAGCUGUGUGAAGCAGAUUUAUUUUUUAUAUGCUCUGUAGAUGUUUCCUAAUCUAAUUCUGUGUACUUUUUUUGCCAACCCAGCAACAGGCAGCUGCCUUGUGGUUUAAUUUAAGGAUGUUUCACUGUAGUCCUGUUAAAUAAUACACACUAACCUUUUUUUUGUUAAGUGCCUGCUUAAUUUCAGACCAACCUAGUCAAGCUGUUCCACCCCAUUUCAGUCUGGUGUAAUCGGUUUGAAUUGUCUCUAUUUAUUAUGUGGAUGACUUGAAAGAAAUAAACACUGAAAAUGUG